ACCACUCUUACCCAAAUCUCUCCAUAAAUAAAGAUCCCGAGGCUCAAACACAAGUCUUCUUAUAAAGGAAAGAAAGAAAAACUUUCCUAAUUGGAUCAUACCAAAGUCUGAGGUCUUCUAUUAUCUCUCUCUUGUAGUUUCUUCUUGGGGAGUGUUUGUUUUGUUUGGUUCUUUUAGAGUAAGAAGUUCCUUAAAAAAGGAUCAAAUAUGGGAAGGGGUAGGGUUCAAUUGAAGAGGAUAGAGAACAAGAUCAAUAGACAAGUGACAUUCUCGAAAAGAAGAGCUGGUCUUUUGAAGAAAGCUCAUGAGAUCUCUGUUCUCUGUGAUGCUGAAGUUGCCCUUGUUGUCUUCUCCCAUAAGGGGAAACUCUUCGAAUACUCCACUGAUUCUUGUAUGGAGAAGAUACUUGAACGAUAUGAGAGGUACUCUUACGCCGAGAGACAGCUUAUUGCACCUGAGUCCGACGUCAAUACGAACUGGUCGAUGGAGUAUAAUAGGCUUAAGGCUAAGAUUGAGCUUUUGGAGAGAAACCAGAGGCACUAUCUUGGUGAAGACUUGCAAGCAAUGAGCCCUAAGGAGCUCCAGAAUCUGGAGCAGCAGCUUGACACUGCUCUUAAGCACAUCCGUUCUAGAAAAAACCAACUUAUGUACGAGUCCAUCAAUGAGCUCCAAAGAAAGGAGAAGGCCAUACAGGAACAAAACAGCAUGCUUUCCAAACAGAUCAAGGAGAGGGAAAAGAUUCUUAGGGCUCAACAAGAGCAGUGGGAUCAGCAGAAUCAUGGCCACAAUAUGCCUCCCCCUCCACCACCGCAGCAGCACCAAAUCCAGCAUCCUUACAUGCUUUCUCAUCAGCCAUCUCCUUUUCUCAACAUGGGUGGUCUGUAUCAAGAAGAAGAUCCAAUGGCAAUGAGGAGGAACGAUCUCGAUCUGACUCUUGAACCCGUUUACAACUGCAACCUUGGCUGCUUCGCAGCAUGAAGCAUUUCCAUAAAUAUAAUUUUUAUAAUCGUCAACAAUAAAAACAAUUAGCCACAUACAUAUAAAUUAGUGGCUAGGUUCUUUUCAUCCAACUAAUUAAGAUAUUCUGGCAAGUCCCAUUUUCUUAUAUCAUCAUCAUAUAUAUAUAAAUUAGCUAGCUCCUUUUUCUUUGUAAUUUUCUUAAGUUUUUUUUUUUGCUUCAAUAUGAGGCAAAAUUGUAAUAUAUUUGAAGGUCGGAGAGAAUGAACGAGAACUUAAUUGAUCGGACCUUUUCUAUUUAUGAAUUUUUGUUGCAUUAAAUUAGAAGUGGCAACAAGUGCUCGUUAUUACAACAAGCCUACUUUAGUGUUUGGGUCCUAUAAACCCAAACCAAAGUCGAAUCCAUUAAUGUUUAACUAGUUGUGGACUAACCGAAAGCUGCGAUUUAGUCUGGAAGGAAAAAUAAACCAAUAAAGCAAUAACUGUGAUUAGUUUGUAAAUUUUAUCUACACAAAUAUAGCCAUUUUAGAUGUAGUGAACGUACGCUCUGCCAUCUCCCCCAUCCCCACUCACCAUAAAUAUUAUACAUGGAGACAUGUACCGCAUUCUGUGUGACUGGUAACAUAUAUGUAGUAUCAAACUAUCAAUGAUUUAAGCUGAGUUAUGAGUCUAAUUCAUAUAUAACUCAUAAAUGUUAUCAAUGAUUUAUUUUGGUUUUCUAAGCAUGAAAUUUUAGCUCAGUUGUAUUUUACAUCUUGAUUUUCACUUUUGAGUGAAAAAUACAACUCUUGAGUAACUCAAAAUGUUUUUACUCUUGAGUAGCUCACGAGCUCUGUUAUUACUCAAAAUGUUUUUAGUAGCUCUUGAGUAACAUGCAAACCAACAAACAUGCAACUGCUCGAUGAUAGCAUCUG